CGCCCCCCGCGCUCCCGCCUCUUCGUUCUCCUCAGUGGAUCUCGAAGCCUCUUCCCGCCGCCGCCUCCGGUGGAGCAGUCCCGGCGGGGCACCAUGCCCAGUAAAACCAAGUACAACCUUGUGGACGACGGGCACGACCUGCGAAUCCCCUUGCACAACGAGGACGCCUUCCAGCACGGCAUCUGCUUCGAGGCCAAGUACGUGGGAAGCCUGGAUGUGCCGAGACCUAACAGCCGAGUAGAGAUCGUGGCAGCCAUGCGCCGCAUCCGGUAUGAGUUUAAAGCCAAGAACAUCAAGAAGAAGAAAGUGAGCAUUAUGGUUUCAGUGGAUGGAGUGAAAGUGAUUCUGAAGAAGAAGAAAAAGCUUCUUUUAUUGCAGAAAAAAGAAUGGACGUGGGAUGAGAGCAAGAUGUUGGUGAUGCAGGACCCUAUCUACAGGAUCUUCUAUGUCUCUCAUGAUUCCCAAGACUUGAAGAUCUUCAGCUAUAUCGCUCGUGAUGGUGCCAGCAAUAUCUUCAGGUGUAACGUCUUCAAAUCCAAGAAGAAGAGCCAAGCGAUGCGAAUUGUCCGCACGGUGGGCCAGGCCUUUGAGGUCUGCCACAAGCUGAGCCUGCAGCACACCCAGCAGAAUGCAGAUGGCCAGGAGGAUGGGGACAGUGAGCGGCACAGCAGCAGCUCGGGGGAACCAGGCCGACAGCUCACUGGAGCCGAAAGGGUCUCCACCGUCACCGCAGAGGAGACUGACAUCGACGCGGUGGACGUGUCCCCUCUCCCAGGGAACGACGUCCUGGAAUUCAGCCGAGGAGUGACUGAUCUGGAUGCCGUAGGGAAGGACGGAGGCCUGCACACGGACUCCAAGGUCUCCCCACAAGCCCAGGAGCCGGUGCUGACUGCCUCGCCCAGGAUGCUGCUGCCCUCAUCCUCCUCGAAGGCCCCAAGCGCCGGGACACCACUGUCCACCCACCACCAGAUGCAGCUCCUGCAGCAGCUCCUCCAGCAGCAGCAGCAGCAGACACAAGUGGCUGUGGCCCAGCCUGGCCCUGCCCCCACUUCUCAUGGAGGAGCUGGAGUCCAGGUCCACUUGCUGAAGGACCAGCUGGCUGCGGAGGCUGCAGCGCGGCUGGAGGCCCAGGCCCGCGUGCACCAGCUCCUGCUGCAGAACAAGGACAUGCUGCAGCACAUCUCUGUGCUGGUGAAGCAGGUGCAGGAGCUGGAGCUGAAGCUGUCAGGACAGAACGCCAUGGGCUCCCAGGACAGCCUGCUGGAGAUCACCUUCCGCUCGGGAGUGCUGCCUGUGCUCUGUGACCCCACCACACCCAAGCCAGAGGACCUGCCUUCACCACCGCCGGGUGCUGGCUUGGCUGACCUGGGCCCCCCGGUGGGCAGCCCCCUAGUCGACCAUAGUAUGUUCGAGAAUUUGAACACAGCUCUCACUCCCAAGCUCCAAUCCAGCCGCUCCGUCCCCCAUCUGUCCAGGCCUACAGCCCCCAGCUCCACCACCCUGGGACCCAUGGAGCCUGGCGGAACGGGGCUCUGGGUGGGCAGUGGUCAGCACCUCAGGAACCUGGGCAGAGCCAUGGGGGCCAAAGUGAACGACUUACUACGGAGAAAGGAACCCUGGAGCCUGGGGGGCCUGAGCGUGAUGGAGGUCAACAGGACUGCCAGGGCCCAGCUGGCCAGUGGGGCUGACCUGGAGGAUGAAAGGUUGGCCCUGCAAGAGGCAUUCCCUCGGCUGGACCCUCCACCUCCCAUCACCAGGAAGCGGACCCCGCGGGCCCUGAAGACCACCCAAGAUAUGCUGAUUUCCUCGCAGCCUGUCCUGAGCAGUCUGGAGUGUGGGACAGAGCUGUCACCAGGGCAGCCACAGGACUCCCCUGUGGCCCAGCCCAUCUCAGAUGACGCUUCACAGCCAGAAGCCACCCCAGAGGAGGUGGAUAGGAGCGAGGUUGUGCCCAAUGGAGAGGUUGCCCUGUCUGUUCCUGACCUAAUCCACAAGGACAGCCAGGAUGAAUCCAAGGUCAUGAUGACAGAGUGCAGAAGGGCCUCCUCCCCGGGCCUCAUGGAGAGAAAUGGGCUCAAACUCAGCCUCAGCCCCAUCAGCCUGACUGAGUCGCUGGAGGACAGCAGCCUCCCUUCUCAGGCCCGGACCUCCAGCCUUGACAGUGAGGGUCCUCACCCAGACCUGCUGUCCUUUGAGUAGAGCCUCAUCUUGCCCAGCACACCCCUCCCCUCAGCUCUCUGCCGUGUGCCCCAGCCCUUGCCCUGGCCAUGUCUUCGCAGGAGGCACCAGAUGAGCACCAGCCCAGUAGGGGCCAGAAGUCCAUGGCCUAAGGAGCGAUGUCCCAGUUAAGGUGUGUCUGCAGAGUGGCGGCCUCUGGGGUCUGUCCCUGGUUCUCGAUUCCAUUGGCUUAUCCAGGGGCUGAAGCUCCUCUCUCCCUGGUCAUCUUGGAUUCCACUGAAUUUCUGGGUCACCAGCCGGGGUGAUGGACCUUUUCCUGUGUCCUCACAUGCCUGCCCCUGCUCUCUGGAGUCCAUGCUUGAGUCCUGCCUUCUCCCUCGAGACCCAGAGCUCCUUCCUUGGUAAGACCCAGAGCUCCUUCCUUGGUAUCAGGCUGAAGGAGGCAUGAAGCGUUCGGCUUGAUGAUGGGCACAGACCCAGAAAGCCACACACCUGAGCCCAGCCACGCUCCAGGUUCCGAGGCAGCAUGGAUCCCAGGAUGUCUGUGCUCUGGCACCGUGGCAGUGACCAGAGAAGCUGCUUCCCGGGCCUGAGACUCAGGCCGCAUGCUUGUCCAGGAUUCCUGGGGGGUGGGGGGGUCUAUCUAGUCAGAUGGAGAGACAUGGUGCCUUGGAGUGAGCACAACUCCAACCCCUGGCCCAGCUGUGAGGUGUUGCCGGGUGCUGGGAAGAGGAUACCAGGGCCACACUUGGGCUUCCUUCCUGUGUGUGACUCCAAGGCCUACCAGAGCCCCCCAGAAACCCCCAAGAACAUUCUGGUCACUUUGGGGAGACCUUUCAAGUGGGGUGGUCCUGGCAACAGGGUGCUGGUCCCAAGGGAGUGAAGAGAAGCUGGAGUGAAGGCAGUGAAUUCAGAACAGGGCAGGGGCUGUCACUGGGGAUGAGAGCAGCUUUCCAGGGCCCACACCACACCCUGAAGGAUGCAGCACUAGGAUCUCAGCGUGGUGCAUGUGGGAGCCAGAGGGAAGGCAGGGACUUGAGUCCCCUAAAGGGACCUCUACUCUCCUGUCCCUCACCUCAUGCUGCUGUUCCUGCUCAGUCUUUGGGGUCUCUGUGAGGGCUGGCUCUACCUGGCCUUGCCCUGCAGGGUUAACCUAUCUUUGCACGCCUGUCUCCUAGCAGAAGCCUUGCAGUGCUGUCUUCUUCCUGUGGCCAGGAAAUCCUGUCAGGGACUAGGGGGAGGGGGAAGACCCAACAUGGGGGCCUUAUAAGCAAGAAGAGAACAUCCCCUCUUUUGAACAGGUCCCUGGGAGAAGGCAGGAAAGGCCCGUCCAGUGUGGGCUACCCCUUCUGAUUCCUGCUGCCUCCGUUUUUCUGUCCACUGUUUCGGUUGCCCACCUGUGAGUUCUGGGGCUCCCAGAACUCACUUCCCUCUCGCCUCAUCACCCUGGUCUGCUCCCCUCCCACUUCUCCUGCCAGCUCUUACUGACCUGAGGUCUAGAGGAGAUCCUUUCCCACCUCCACUCCUCCACUAUAGGCCUGGGAACUCAGGAGAUCCUAUUUCUACCACCUCUGCUAACAGCUCUAGGUCUGUGUGGUGGAGACCACCAGUGUAUCCUUCCUUGCUCCUGCAGCCCUGCUCACCUUUCUUCUCUCCUGUCUUCAUCACCCUGAAAGUAAGGCUCACACAGUGACCCUUGCUUCCCUUCCCUCUGAGGGCCUAUGCUGGGAGGGGCCUGGUUUCAUGGGAGCUUCCUUACCAGAAGCUCAGUUUGCUUCUCUGGUGGGAAACUUUGAGAGCAGCUGCACCCAGUGGUGGCAGUAGCCAGAGAAACGAGUGUCCCAGGCCUGGGCUGCUUUCAGUACCCUGCUCCCCACUCCAUACCCAGCCUCCAUUCAAGUCCUGGCCUUAGACCUAGGAGCAGCAAAGGAACCUAUCACACCUCCCCAGGAUGGUCCUAGGAUGUUAGGGUGACCCUCAGACUUCCUCAGACCGUGUCUGAUAGUGAAUGAGAGGCCACAGGACUCCACUCCGUUCCUAGCUCGUUCUCUGUGAUCUCCACCCCACCACCAUGCAGCACAGGUGGGCAACUACCUCAGUGGGCUUUUGAGGCUAAAAUCUGAUUCUAGACGCUGCAGAUGUUGCCUGGUGCUAGGACCUAUGUGCCAUCCAGACAAGGACUUCUAAUCCUGCUGAGGACCUCAGCUUAGACCCUCUCUCUGUUGAGACAGGACUCAUCUUCCCAUGUCCACCUCAGUGGCCUGACCUUCCUGUGAUUGUAGCACACCCCAUCCCAACGCACACACACACACACACACACACACAUACAC